AUGGUGUACUAUGGCCGUGGAACGCAAUCCCCCCGCGCUGACGGACGUCCGGGUCGCGCUCCAUCUGCCUCUGAAGACACGAUGCCUGUCAACGAGUCGCGUGCGGAAACAGAGACCGAGUACCUCCAGUGGGCGGACCGCCAGGACGACCGCCUGGAUGUGGAUGACGAUGACGACGUGGAGGAUACCUGGAUGCCAGAAGAAGAACCUGUUGAUGAGGAGGUGGAAGCUGAUGGGCGCGAGCACCGCCCGCUGUCAGAGGUGAUGGCGUCCUCGAGCCAGGCAACUGCAGGCGAGCAUCGUCCGCGUGGGCAAGGGCAGACUACCAACCGUCGCACUGCUAGCACCACCAACGCGCCAACGACGGCUGAUGUCUCGAUCGACGCUGCGAUCGCCGCCCGGAUCGCGGAGCAGGAACGUCGUAUUCACGAGCUGAACCAGACCAUUGCCGGGCUCGAGGGGAAUCGCGGGCCGGUCAGGAGCCCUUCCCGUCCACGUGUCACGCCUCAGGCCGUUCGCGCACGUGAAGCGCCAUUGGACGAGCCCGCACCAGUGCGCCAGCGCACAGCUGCGGCCCGCGCCGCCGGGCGGCAAGCAGAGGUAACUGGCGAGGCAAGGGCGCCGAUGGUGGAGGCGGCGCUCGCCAGGGAGAUUCGACGUGCCAACACGGGGGGUCGAGCCACUCCUGGUCUGGUCAACUGGGCCGACCGACUUCAGGAGUGCCACGUGUUUUUCCCGAACAUGGACGACGGGUGGAAGGUUGAGUUUCCGCUUGUCAGCGGCGGGACUAUGAAGCGCAGCAUACCCCAGAACGAGGAGGGUGUGCGCUGGUAUCAUGAGCGAGUCAAGCGCUGGAUGCACAGCGUGAUACUAGGCCGCACCACCGAGCACGGCCCGUUUUGGGAUUCCGAGCGGCGCGGUUGGAGCUUUCGCCGCGACAGCGUCCUUCGCAUUCUCGAGGACGGGAUGGAGCACCUGUCGCCCACGCUGCCCGCGGUCGCCCCGACUCCAAUCCCGCCUGUAACCCCGCGUGCGGGGAUAGCAUAG